AUGCCCAAGCCAAUAAGGGCGGUAGAGAAACGUCGCUUUACUCAAAUAACGCUGAAGGCCCUUCCUAUGGACCUCGGUUUGGCGCAAAACAGAACUAACUGGAAACAAAAAUCUACAAAGCCCAGCAAAGCGAAUCUAUUCUUCUUUCUACCCUCUGCGCAGCAGCAUAUAGUGCCGGUACCUCGUACCAAUGCCAAAACGGCAUGCCUCUCACACGAGCAAGAAGCCGUUCCCAAUCUCAACGAACAAACGAAAACAUGCAAUACGCGCGAGGACACCUUGAUGAACGAGCUCACUGAACAAAAAAACGAAGCGUGCAAAGCACGCGAGGACCUCUUGACAGCCCAGCCCAACAAAGCAAACGCCGAGUUACCUCUCAAGCAGCAACAGCAACAGCAACCCAAGUACGGCGCCAUGCUCGCCGAAGAAAAUCUACGCCGAGCGCACCAAUUCCAGUACCUAGGCUGCUACGUCGAAAGCAGAGAGCGCGCCAUCAACGGCAAAGUCACCACUGAUUCCGCGAUCACGAGGCAGAAAUGCAUGGCUUUCUGCGAGAAGGACCUCUACCAUGCUCUGGGGGGGGGGGAGCGGUAA